AUGACCUUUACAGAUGUCACUACGUCGCUGCAGCAGGCAUUCAUUGCCGUCUCGGGCCCCGACUUCCGCCCAUUCCCAAGCAUUGCCACUAUCUCCUAUAUCCAGGCAAGGGCUGACAUAGAGACAGGACAAUAUGUGAUUAUGUGGGAAGACAUCCAGCAAGUGUUCGAUAAUGCUAAAUACCUGAGGGUUGACGCCGAAGUCAUACCAUUUAUAACCGAUCAAAACAGUAAAGACCUUGUCCCCCUAAGGGUCCAGUAUCGGCCAGGAGUCACUUUGCAAGUAGUGGUUAGAGCACCAGAUCAUGCCAAUGUUCCUUCUAAGGAGAUCAAGGAAGCCAUGACGGAGCAUUUUAGUCAGCAACGAGCAGAGACUGAAAAAAAUCAAAGUCCUUCAGCAGGAGAUUUCUCAAAUGCAGAAGCGAAUGGAAGCUGCGGCAUCCCAACACCAGCAGGUGAUGCAGCAAAAAAUUCAGAAAAAUGCCGAAGAGCGGUCGCGGAUGCAGAGGAAGUUGGAUGA